CUCACCAAUACACCGAUCACCCAAAAAUUCUACCAGUAAAGCACUUGGAGAUUUUUUCUUUUUCUCACUGAACUUGAAAUUUGUAUCAUCAAAUUCAUAAAUACACACUCACCAGUAAAUGCAUUAAUCGAUUUCCAAUGGCCAGUUCUGAAUUAUCUCCAAGCAUCGAGAAUUCUGAAACGCUAUUUCAGCAACGGCGUCGUUGUUUCUGCUUCCCAAAUCAAUUAACAAGAUGCGUUAAUUUAGACUGGUGGCAUAGGCUACGUCGUAGCGGUGCGAUCAAGGAAGGAUCAGUAUGGGCAAAAGGAAUAAACGCAUUGAAGAAGCUUCGAGAAUGGUCGGAGAUCGUUGCCGGACCGAGAUGGAAGACUUUUAUACGGCGGUUUAAUCGGAGUAAAAGCGGGAGGAAUGGGAAAUUCCAAUAUGAUCCUUUGAGUUAUUCACUCAACUUCGAUCAAGGCCCAGCCAAUAAUGAAGAGGAGGAGGAACUGGUACUGAGAAAUUUCUCGACGAGAUAUGCAUCAAUUCCGGCGUCUAGUAAGGUGUCGAUGGACCUCGGCAAAGAUGGACCCAGUUUCGUUUGAGUGCGAGAGUCGCAAAUAGUAUAUAGUACAAUAUUUGAUAGUGAUUGAUGCUAAUUAAAUACUUCAAGUAUGAGUUCAGUGGUUGAUGGGAACUAGAAAAACACAGCUCAUCAUAAAAGAUAAGUAGGUGCGUGCAAGUUUUCUACUUUUGGCGUAUAAAAUAUUAUUGGGAUUGGGGCUGUCUUUUUCUUACUUUAAUUUUCUUCUGUAUAGUGCUUUUGUCUUUACUGUACAUAGUAUUUCCAUUUUUUUUG